GAGGGUGAAGAACUGUCGUAGCGUAACGUUUCCACAGUAAAAGUUCGAACACAGACUCAGAAAUAUGUUUAAGGAGCUGCGACUAGAAAAUCUUCUUUCUUAGUUAAUUUAAGGUUCUACUUCUACAUACAGUAUAUAGAGAGAAUCAAAGAAGAUGGGAUUACAGUUUGAGAGCUUGGUGGAGACGAUAAAGUCCAAGGUGGGUUUGCUGAGGAAGAAGAAGAAACCUUACAUCAAAAUGGAUAAAAGCUCAAGCGUUAGGGUCGAGAUCCGUCGUAAGAAAACCAGAGAUCUCAUCGAUAAGACCUUGAAAGUCGCUGAUCGUCCUGGCAGAAGAACUCUUUUCUGAACUCUGUUCUUUCUUUUUCCUCAGAUUUUGCAUAUCGUUUCUGGAGAUCGAGUUUGUGAUAUAUGUAUAUAUACUAUAUGAUCAUUCGUUCAUGAUUGAUCGAUGGAAAAGGAAAAAAAUAAAAAAAUUAUUUGUUUUGUGACUUUU